UCAUGACGUGCGUCCCGGCGCUCACGACCAUGCGCUACGUGAUCUCGGUGCCGCUGUUCCUCAUGUCUGUGUUCUCCGUGGUGCCUCUCGCGCUGGCGCGGCAUCUGCGAGUACCCGUAUGGCAACAGCUGGUCGUGGAAAUGCUGGUCUCCGUUCCUGUGCUGAUGUUCUUGUUCACACUAUGUCUCCGUAUCAACGCGCUGAUGUUGCCCGUGAUGGGCCGCAGCGCCGGCAACUCCCCUGACUUCCUCGUGGGGCUGCUCAACCUUGGUCUAGCUGCCCUCGUCACCAGCGCUGUGUCGGGCAUCGAGCUCCUGUUCUCCCGGAAGCGCCUGUGGCUUCCGUUGGGCCUGGUAGGCCUAGCGUCCAUCAUCAUCAUGUUCCUGCCUUUAGCUCCUUACGACGCAUCGGGCACAGGUCUACAGCGGCACUAUUGGUUUCACACAGAAAUAAUCAAUCACACGGUAACGCCCUCGACCAGCGUGUCUGGUGUGGUCGUGACGAAGAUCGACCCCUACACCAUCAGCAGGACGAAGAGAGCGCUGGAAGACUCUGGCCUCAACUACACAGUGAAAGCUGAUUUAACGGAGGACUGCGAACAAUACAUCUUCUGCAACCUACCGAUGUACAGGACCAGGCUGCCCAGUUCCUAUGCGGAUGCCCUGUUCAUCGAAAUGCCUCCUCCCACGGCCUUCACCACGAGGCCCAGCUUACGGCUCGAGAGCAGAGUGUGCUCGGGGACCAACUGCACGCUGCACUUCGCUUUUGACGGUCCGGCGCACAACACGUUGACGCUAUGGUCGCACUCAGGUCCCAUCGUGGCGUGGUCGUUCGACGCGACCACCGACCCGUCGUUCGUACAAAAUGGCCGCCCCGCCUACAACAUCGUGCAGGCCUCCGCUACCUACAGCGAUCCCUACGACACGCAGUACUUCUGGAUUACUCUAGAAGUGCCAGUGGAGCAGCAAUCUCAGCCACUGCUCGACAUAGCGCAGCACGCUCACAUGAAGCAGCAUCCUGAACUCUUCACGCGCGAGUACCAGCAGCUACUCGACGCCGUGCCAGACUACUUCAACAUCGACAGCUCGAUCUCCAUACGGAAUAACUACGCUUUCUAGUUUACCGAGCGUUUCUUACUUUUAAUUGGAACGAGUCAGUAAACGUGUAGAAAUAUCUACGAGUGUCAGUACUGACCGUAAUGCCAAGCAUUUUAACAAUGGGAGCUAGCCCUCAAUUAAAGACAAUAUGGCCUUUAAACAUUAUAAAGAAUAAGUAUCGUUUCUCUUUUGUUGCAAAACGAAUACUAGCAGAAUUCCAAAUAUUUAUUGAUUGUGUUCGUGCAUUUAUAGCUACUAGCUAUUAUAAAUGCAACCAUCGCUCGUACUCUAAGCAAGUCAACUAGCUGUAUACUAUAUUGCUAUUGAACCGUUUGCAGAUAUAAACUGAAAUAGAUACUAAAGAAAAAGCGAUCAAGCCCACUGGUGGCGAAGCCGGGUCUCCAGCUAACGCGGCUGACGUGUUCCACCGCUACACCACCCCGCGGCGGUCGGUCGGGUUACUACUUAAAAAAAACAAAUCAAAAAAUAUUUAAUAAAAUAAUUUGAUUUGUUCCCUACAUCGUUUGCAGAUACCUACAUGUAAUUAUUCUUAUUGAUUCGGUUGUGAUAUAUUAAUCAAUAAUGAAAUUAAGACCUUUAGGCCCACUUGCACCAAUCACUUAACUCAGGGUUAGUGGGCUGUCAUCUGUCAAAUUCCAUAUAAAAUGGUGGGUUAACCCUCUAUUUUAGUUGAUGCAAGUGGCCCUAACUGUGUGACAAGUAAAUUUAAGAAAGUUGCUCAAAUUAGACUUUUAUGCCGGUAAUGUUAGGGGGGUAAUAAGCCUGAACAAAAGAUUUUUCUGCUCCUGCAAUGCGGUCUGAAUAUUAUUUGAACUUCGUGCAAGAUAUUUCAGACUAUUAGAUUUUUGCAUCAGUACGCACACUACUGACCCAUGACUUCUCCCACUGUUAAUUCUCAAAUAACACAUAAAUGUUUUUUUUUCCUUUUUCUCUUAUUCUCUUAAGUAUUGUUUGUUUUCAAUCAUUGCUCAAACUCAUUACUGCUGUAGGUACUUUAAAUACUGAUAUUACUGAUACAUAUGUAGUACUAGAUCUUCAAAUAUAUUUCAAAAUUUUCUGUAACUUUGCACGCAUGUACUUUGCCCAGUUUCUAUCUGUGGAAACUUGUUAUUGGCUCAUUGUUUUUAUGUUAUAAGCCUUAUUGUAACUUUAGCUGUAAG